AACAUCAUACAAAGAUUAAUAACUCCUCAUCCAACACCUUUCAACGAUCAAUUUCGUUCUAACAUGGAAAAAAGUAGCAUCUCUGAUUAGCAAGUCUUUCAUCUCGCUCGCUUGAGCCAGUCCUAACAUGGAAGAAAGGGCCAAAAACCAUCUAAUCUCCACUCCUUUAGAUCGAAAGUACCCUCCAGCUCAUGACGACAGUGAUGAUAACUACAGAAACAGCAUGGAGACAUUGAUCUUUGUUGCUUGCAUGGUUAUCUUAGUAUCAUGGGUUCUCAUUCACAGGUUGAAGCAAAGGAAUGUGAAGGGCUGUCCCAAAACGUGGCCAUUGGUAGGCGCUGCCAUCGAACAGCUGUUGAACUAUGACCAAAUGCACGACUGGAUCCUCAAAUAUCUUGCUCAGUCAAGAACUGUCGUGGUCCCAAUGCCGUUUACCACUUACACUUACAUUGCUGAUCCAACGAAUGUGGAACAUGUUCUCAAAACCAACUUCGGGAAUUAUCCAAAGGGGGCCACAUAUCAUUCGUAUAUGGAAGUGUUGCUUGGUAAUGGAAUCUUUAAUGUUGAUGGAGAGCUGUGGAGAAAGCAAAGGAAGACAGCAAGCUUUGAGUUCGCUUCCAGGAACUUGAGGGAUUUCAGUACAGUUGUCUUCAGAGAGUAUAGUCUUAAACUUUCUGAAAUUCUGAGCAAGGCAUCUCUCCAGAAACAGGAAAUAGAUAUGCAGGAAUUGUUGAUGAGGAUGACUUUGGACUCCAUUUGCAAAGUGGGAUUUGGUGCAGAAAUAGGAACAUUGGCCCCUGACUUGCCAGAUAAUCGCUUUGCACAAGCAUUUGACACUGCAAACAUAAUUGUGACUCUACGAUUCAUCGAUCCUCUGUGGAAAAUAAAGAAAUUUCUCAAUGUGGGAUCAGAAGCUGUUCUCGACCAGAGUAUAAAAAUUAUUGAUGACUUCACGUACUCCGUUAUAAGGAGAAGAAAGGCUGAGCUACAAGAAGCUCAGGGGGCAAAUAAGGAUGCCAAGAUUAAGCAUGACAUCUUGUCAAGAUUUAUCGAGCUCAGCAAAGAUCCCGACAACCAUAUGACUGACAAAAGCCUAAGAGAUGUUGUACUGAAUUUUGUGAUCGCUGGUCGCGACACCACAGCCACAACACUUUCUUGGGCUAUAUACAUGAUAAUGACUCAUGAAGAUGUAGCAGAGAAGAUUUACGAAGAACUAAAAACUCUAGAGGAAUCCAGGGCAAAAGAAGAAAAUAUCAUAUUGCAUCCGUAUCAGAGAGAUGAUUUUGAAUCAUUCAAUAAGAGAGUAAUGCAAUUUGCAGGACUCCUCAAUUAUGAGUCCUUAGGCAGACUAUUUUACUUGCAUGCUGUGAUUACAGAAACACUUCGAUUGUAUCCCGCUGUUCCUCAGGAUCCCAAGGGCAUCCUGGAAGAUGACAUUUUACCAGAUGGAACCAGGGUAAAAGCAGGAGGAAUGGUAACAUAUGUUCCAUACUCCAUGGGGAGAAUGGAGUACAAUUGGGGUCCUGAUGCAGCUUCAUUUAAGCCGGAGAGAUGGCUCAAGGAAGGAUGCUUCCAAAGUGCACCUCCUUUCAAAUUCACCGCCUUUCAGGCUGGGCCAAGAAUAUGCCUUGGGAAGGAUUCAGCAUACUUACAGAUGAAGAUGGCACUUGCAAUCCUAUGCAGAUUCUACAGGUUCAAACUGAUUCCAGGGCAUGUUGUGAAGUAUAGGAUGAUGACAAUUCUAUCGAUGGCACAUGGAUUAAAAGUAUCAGUUUCAAGACAUCCUGAAGCACCUGAGUAGCAGCAGCAGGAGGUGAGACAUCGGUGGGAGGGGUGUGGAACGACGGGAACGGAGACGGCUCUAC